UUGUGGAUUGUGCAUCAUGAACCUAAGUACGACUUUGUGUUUAAUUGUGUCGCUGGGUGUAAUUGACGGGUAUAUUGUUACGACUGUAACAGACCCUUUGGAGCAUUCAGAAUGUCCGAUGUGGGACAAUUUAACGAAUCGCCUUUAUUUUGUCGAUAUUCACAAAGGUGGAAUUUAUUAUUUUUCCCCUGACAAUAAAAAAACCAAUCACAUAAAUCUAGUGGGCACGGUAGCUCCUGUACUUCCUACAACAUCCAGUACCAAAAAGUUCAUAGUAGGUUUGAAUAGAACAGUAUCUGCAGUUGAAUGGGAUGGCGAAAGUAACACCUACGAUCUGGAAGUCCUUACAACAGUGGCUAGAGAUUAUCCCAUGUCCAGAACUAACGAUGGUAAGGCGGACCUUAACGGAAGAUUAUACAUAGGAACGAUGGGCUAUGAAGAUACUAGAGGUAGUUUGAACUACAAUCAAGGAGCUUUGUAUGAGAUAACUGCAGCUAAUUUAGAAGAUCCUGACGUACUGUUAUCCCCAGUAAACGUUAGCAAUGGAAUGGCUUGGAACAAAGCAAAUGACAAACUAUAUUACAUCGAUACACCCACUCGUCAAAUUCGAGAAUUUAAUUACGACGCUGAUACUGGCGCUAUCAGCUUUUCAAGAGUAGCCUUCGAUCUAGAAGCUAAUGGUGUCACUGGUAAUCCAGAUGGUAUGACUAUUGACACAGACGACAACUUGUGGAUUGCACUUUACAGUGGCGGUGCCGUAAUCAAAGUGAAUAGUGUCACUGGAGAGUGGUUAGAGUCAGUAGAUAUUCCAGCGGAAAGGGUAACUUCUGUUGCAUUUGGUGGCGACAAAUUGGAUAUUCUGUUCGUUACGAGUUCCCGAUACGGCUUAACAGAAGACGAAAUCAAGCAACAACCCCUUGCUGGAAGCGUUUUUGCAGUUUUUGGGCUUGAAGCUAGGGGCUUCCCAGCAAGUAGAGUGAAGUACUGAUUCUUUUAAGCAAUUAACAUUAUAUAAUCGAUAGUAUUAAAUUAAUUAAAUAAGAUCAAAUAAACAAGGAGUAAAAUUUAUUUUAAUAAUUCCAUCCAGAAGGGGUUGCUAUUUACUCUUAUAACGGAAUGGUAUAAAGCAGACAGGGGCAACCUAUAUUUAACUUAGGGCCAGAUUAAAGAUUUGUAAAUGCUUCGCGGGUCAAAAUACCCUUAAAAUUUUGAAA